AUGAUAAGUGACAUCAUUGUUAUUUUAUUUUGGAUGACUCUACCUCAGUACAUAUAAUUUUAUCUUAGGUUUACCUAUUCUGAAUGCAACUAUCUGAUAUAGUCAUAAAACACAAAUAGUCAGAAUGAACCCUAAUAAGACAUUGAAAUUGAGUUAGAUGAGCAAAUAGUAUAGGGAAAUUAAAAUCUUGGGUAUGGAAUGUGGAUCAAGUAUCUACCUUUUGAGUCUAGAUUUAAUAUCGGUAUUUUUUAUUUAAAAAAUAGACAUUUCAUCAUAAACAUAUGAUAAAUCAAAAAAUUUUUUUGUUUAUUCGCUUUAAGAUUCAUAAUCAUAAAGUUCAAUCUUAACCUUUUAUAUUGAAAUAUCUACUUAUGCUUCAGUAAUAAAGCAUCAUAUAGACUAUUCUUUCUAAAAAUAAAAAUCUAAAAUUUCUGUCAAUUUUGAUUUUUUAAAUUACGAAGGAAAAUGGAUAUUAUAUUACUUUUAUUUUAAUUUUUAGUCAAAAUAAACAACAUUUGCUUUUCUCUUUUUAGAAUAGAAAUUUGAUCCAAAAGUAUUAAUUGUUGAAGAUAUCCCCAUUAUGCCUGAAAUUAUAAGGCAUAUUGUAGGAGGAAGUUUAAAAAUUGAUUAAGAUUAAGGAAAUUUGGAAUUUUUAUAGUUUUAAGGAAGACUUUCUCAAUUAUUUAGUUAAGGCGACUCUAAUGUGUUAUAAGAUAGUAAUAGUUAAAAUGAAAUAAUAUAAUUAUGCAAAAUGGAAACUGAAUGCAUAUAAAAAUCAUAUAUGUUAGCAUAUUUUGAUGAAGAAUACAGUGGAUUUCGUUUUAUAAAUGAUAUGACAACUAUUUUAGAAUUUCCAAUUUAUACUAUCCAAGGUUGGGUUAGAAUAAAAUAAUUAAAAUAGAAACAUCGUGAAAUGAUAAUAUUUAGGAUUACUAUUAAUGGAAAUUAUAAUGAUGAUUUUAGAAUUGGAGAUAAAGAAUUAUAUUUAAAAUAUUAUUAAGACUAAAAUCCUAAUUUUAAUGGAUUUGAAAUUACUACGUACUCUUAUGCUUUUCCAACCAAAACAGUUUAUUAAAGCUAAGAUAAAGAUAUAAUUAAAGUUUUUGGAGAAGAAUAUCAAUAAUUAUUAGUAAAUUGGCAUUAUAUAUUAUAUGAAAUUGGAACUUUUAAUUAUGAAAAUUCAGCUUAAUUUUAAAUAUACUUCCCUUCUUUAUAAAACAUUUAAAAAUUUAAAUGGGAACAUCCAAUACGUCAUUUUAGUGGAAUAAUUUUAUUUGGUAAUGUUGGAGGUGAUAAAUACUCUAAAAAUUAUAUGAAUGGUUAUCUUAGUGAUCUUAUACUAAAUAUAUAUUGUACUCCUCCACUUAUUAAUUUGACUCCAAAUUGUCAUUAUUCUUGUUUAACUUGUUAUGGUCCUAAAAUGGAUAAUUGUUUAACAUGUCCACUCAAUAGCAAUCGCAUAUUAAUAUCUAAAAAAAAUACUUGUCCAUGCAACAUUUACUAUGUCGAUUAUUAUGAUUAACCUACUUGUAAAAAAUUAAAAACCAUAUAUCCAAAUUUAAAACUUCUAGAAAAAUAAAAAUAUUGCCAUAAAAAUGGAUAUCUAUUUUGUGAUUUUAAUUCUUCAGUAUGUCAAUAAGGAUAUUUUUUAUAUAAUUCAACUUGCCUAGAAUGGUAUUAAUAUAAAUUAUAAUAGUCCUGGUAACUUCGUACUUAAUUCAAGAAAUUAUAUUCCUUGUUCAAAUUGUAUUUACAAUCCCAUCGAAUUUUCAUUUUCUCUAGAAUGUAGUGAAGAUACUAUUUAGCAAGAUUAUGCAUGUUAAACAACAUAAAGAUCUUUUUAUUAAAUAGAAAGAUAUGUAGUUAUUAAAAAUAGUGAAAAUAAAUUGGAAUUGCAUUUGAAUAGUAAUUAUUAGGAUUGUAUAUAUGGUUAUUUUAAGAAUAUAGAAAAUUAAUGUAUUCCUUGUUUAGAAGGUUGUUAAUAUUGCAAAAAUUCAGAUUAUUGUAUUGAAUGUAAAAUUGGCUAUUUUUUGAAUUAAGAAUUUCGAUGCUAGUAAUGUUAAGGAUGUAAAGAAUGCAAAUAAGAAUAAAAUUCUGUAAUUUGUAUUUCAUGUCAUAGUGGAGCAUUUUUAAAUUAAAAUGGUACCUGUACAUUAUGUGGACAAAAUUGUGCUAAUUGUGAUAAUAAUCAAAAAUGUUAUUAUUGUGAUAAUCCAGAAUUAUAUUUUUUAACAAUUGAUGGAAAAAAUUGCUAAAGUUGCUAAAUUGCAAAUUGCAUUUAUUGUUAUCAUUAUUAUGUUAAAAAUGAUCUAAUUUAUUCUACUUUAGAUAUUAACUUUGAAUUUGAUUAGAAUUAUUAUUCUACAUUAUAAGUAGGUUGUGCACGUUGUAAAAGCUACUAUUAUUUUAAUUAAAUUACAAAAUAAUGUGAAUUUAUAGCAAUUACUAAUCAAGAAUAAAAUGAAAAUGAAGAAUGUAUUUUUGGUUUAAUCAAUGAUAAUCAAGGAUCUAAGCAUUGUUUGAUAAGUUAAAAGAGUUAUUCAUCUACUUAAAAUACAGAUUGCUAAAAUAUAUAUGGUUGUAUUGAAUGCAUAUAAAAUUAUUCAUAAGAAAAUUCAUUUUGUAUAGUCUGUAGGAAUGGUUACUAUUCAUCAAUUUUAACAGGUGAAUGUGAAAUGUGCGAUUAUGAUUGCAAAACUUGUAUUGAACAAGUCUAAAUGUUUAAAGAUUAUUGGAAAUGGGAUAUCAAAGCUUAUUAUAAAUAUGUAUUAAAUUCUGAUAAUUCACAUCCUUUUGAGGAAUAUGCAACAUUAUAAUCUGAAUAUGAAUUUGAAUUAAUUUGCACAUCUUGUUAUUAUGGUUAUAUAUUGUAUGAACAAAAAUGUAUUUAAGAUUGUGAUUAUGAUUGCGCAAAUUGCUAAAUUAUAGAUGGUAUUGCUACUUGUUUAUCAUGUAGAGAGAAUAGAAAAGAAAUUAAAAAGAGUAAAUAUGUUUAAAAGUGUAAUGAAUAUUAAAAUUGUUAUUUCUAAGCAACAUUUGCAAUUAAUAUCUAUUGUUCAAAAUAGGAUUAUGAAAAUAAAUUAAGUAAUGAAAAAGAAGAAAUAGAAUUUAAGAAAAGUAAUAUUUACAUUGAAGAUUUAUUUUUCAAAGAAUAUUUCUAAUAUUUGCCCUUAUUUUAAUUGAAUAUCAUAGAAUACUUAGAUGAUAGUUAAGUAAGAGAAGUUGAUUUCGAAUUUAAUUUGAUUUAAGGUAGUGAAUCAAAAUGCGUAAUUUAAUAAAAAAAAAAAUUGGAAACGAACAUACGUAAUAGUUUCUAUUAAAUUGGUACACUUAAUCUAAAAUUUAUUGGAAGCACUAAUUCAACUAUUCUAGAUACAAAUUAACUAAGCAUUAUUGGAUUUUCUUCAAUUAUUUUUGAGAUGAUUCAAUUUGAUACUAUUAUUCCUUUUGAUAAAAUUAUUGCAAAUUAAUUUGAAUUGAGAGAUUGUCAAAUAUUUUCAAUCAAAUAAUUUGCAAUUAAUCCAAAAAUUAUAAAUCUUAAUUUAUUUAAUUUAGAAAUUCGGAAUUUAAAUAUAAUUAAUUCUACAAUUUUUGAUUUAGUUACAAAAAGUACUUAAAUCUACUUAAAUAAAAUUUUAAUAACAUUUUCUAAUUUUUAGAAUUCCAGCUUAUUUAAUUUAUAUCCAAAAAUUAAUAAUGUCAAAAGUAACUUAAGAAUAAAUGAAAUUUUAGUUUACUAAUCUCAAUUUUACAAUUCUUUUUUAUUUAAAACAAAAUUGGAAUAAAAUGAAGAUUAUGGAAGUAUUUUUUUAGAUUAUAUUUAACUUAACCAUGUUACAGUAGCUAAUGAAUCAUCUAUUUUCUAAAUUAUUGGAGUUACACUAUUUUAAGCCUAGAAUAUUAUUAUUAUUAAUAGUAAGUUUGUAUAAUAAUCUUACUUCUAUUAGUCGAUUAUUAUUUAGAUUUAAAAUAUUACAAUAAAUGGCCUUCAAUUAAUUGAUAGUACUUUAUUUAGCAAUAACAUUCAUAAUAAAAUUUCUGAUAUCUCCAUAUCUGAAUAAUAGAAUGUAUUUGUUAUUUAAUGUAAAAUUGAAAAUGUAUAAUAUAAUAGAGCAUAAUCUUUAUUUUAAAUUAUUUAAUUAAAAGAUAUCUAUCUAUUAAAUGUCAAAUUUGAGUACUUUUAUUUAAGAAAUUGCACAUAUACAAUUAAAAAUAUAUUGAAUUAUUUAUCUGAUAAUCAAUCAAAUAUUUAUAUAGAAUGUUAUUAGUGCAUAUUUAAUGAAUUUUCUAUUAUAAGAGGAUAUGGAUUGCCAGAAAUUUCAGUUUUAAAUUCAAGAAAUUUAUAAAUUAAUACCUUCUAAUUAAUUUAAAUGGAUGAGUAUUAUUUUAAGACAUUACAUUCUUAAUUAGAUUGUGUUAAUAAAUAUGGUUAAUAUUUAAUGUCUUAUUAUUUAUAUUUUGGUUUUUUUGAAAACAUAACAAUAAGCAAUUUACACUUAAAUAAUAGCAUAACUUAUGAUUAUCCUUUUAUUAUUUUUAGAGGAUUUGAUUUAAUGGAUAAAGCAUAAAAUUUAAAUAUAGUUUUUAAAGAUUCUAUUUUUGAUUCUAAUAUGUUAAUAAUCACAAAACCAAGUAUAGCAAUAUCACUUAUACAUAUUUAAUCUGAAUAAAUUUUUACUUUACUAUUUUAAAAUGUUACCUUUUAAAAUAAUCAUUUAAAUUCUUAUUUCUAAGAUACAACUAAAGAUUCAGCAUCUACAAUAUUUGUUUCUUUAUAAUAAGGAUAUAUAACAAUAGUGAAUUCAAAUUUUAAUUAAAAUAUUGUUACUAAUUCUACUGAUUCUAUUAUUUAUAUUGCAGCAGCUUCUAUUGAGAUUACCAAUACAUCUUUUUAUAAUAAUAAUAUCAUUUCUUAUCAUAAAAUUAGUAAAAAUCUGUUAAUUUUCAAUUAAGUUAAUGAAUAAGACUUAAAAACUACAUUUCCUAUUAAUUCAAAAAGUGGGAAUGGAAUUUUAGUUGGAUCCAAGAUUAUUUUGAAUAAAGUAAUGAUUUUAAAGUCUUAUGCUAAUUAAGGUGGAGGAUUUACUUUAAUUACUUAGGGUACAAGCAUUAUAAAUAUAGAAGAUUCAUAAUUUUCCUAUUCUUAAACAUCCUUAUAAAUUUCUUCAUAUUCUGUAGGAGGUUGUAUGUAUAUUGAUGCAUAAUUAGCAACAUUAAAAUUAAUUAUAACAAAUACUAUAUUUGAUAAAUGUUUCAGUAGAAAAGAAGGAGGAGGGCUUUAUAUAAUUCCAUCUUCUUUGCAUAAUGAAAUUUUAAUGAGGAAUUUAAAGGUUUCCAAUUGUUAUUCUAUAUAAAAUACAUUCUUUUCUUUUUCAUAUUUAAAUUUGGAGCAAGUUAAAUUUGAUAUAACUUUAAAUUAAAUAGACUUUACUUCAACUGAAAAAGGUUUCGAUGAAUACUUAACGUUAUUAGAAUUACCAACAAUAUAAGAGAUUGAUGCAAUUCGAAGUAAUAAUCCCAUUAUGAUGGUAAAAUAUGGCAACAUUAAGAUUGUGAAUUGUAAUUUCUAUUCAAUACACAUAUAGAGUCUAAUUAAAAUAGAAUAAGCCAGCAAUGUUUUUUUAGAGAAUAUUUGCAUAAUAAAUUCGUAUUUUUAAGAUGCAUCUUUGAUAAAAAUUACCCUUAAAAAUUGUAAUUUUAAAUUAAUAAUAUCUAGCUCUAAGUGGAGAAAUAUAACUUCGGAAUUUAACCUUAUCAAAUAUAACAGAAUUCUAGAGCUAUCAUAAUUAUUCUGAGAAAUCUUGCUUUUUAAAAGAUUAGGAACUUCCUUAACAAUUACAAUGCAAGCUUAAUACAACUCCUAUUGUUAAAUUGAAUUUAAUUGAACUUGAUACUUCUUGGCAACAAUUAUAACAUGAAUGUAAUUUAAAGAAGAUUUAUGAAAAAAAAAAUUAUAAUUUUAGCUUAAUUGAAAUUGAAGGAAUAAAUGAGAAUCAUAAAAUAAUAGGUUAAUCUUUUAACUUAGAUUCUAUUAAUUGUACUAAAUGUUUACAUGGACUGAUUAGUAUUCUAAAUAUUAAUUAGAUUAAAUAAGAAAAUAUUCUUUUUUAAAGUAUAAAUAUUUUCAAUAGUGUUUGUGGAUACACAGGCUGUUUAUCAAUAAUAAGUUAAUGGAAUGAAAAUAUUUUGAAGCCUGAAAUGAUUUUUACUAAUCCAAAUGAAAGGUAAUUACAAUAGCAUGAUUAUACCAAAUUAGCAUUAUAAUUAAAUCAUCAAGUUAAGAUAAUUGAUAGUUUAUUUAUAAACAAUAGUGCAAUCUAUGGUGGAUCUCUGUUCAUUGUUGAAGCAUAUGUUGUGAUUUAAAAUUCUAGAUUUUAACAUAAUUCUGCUAUUGUCGGAGGUGCUAUAUACUAUUAUUCUAAUAGUGCAAAUUUAUUUAUAUUUGAUAGUUUUAUCAUCGAAAAUAUUGCUCAAGUGGCUGGAGGACUAUUUCUUAAUUAAUAAUCUAUUCAAUAAACAAUUUAAUUGGAUGUAAUUGUAUUAAAUAAUACAUCUACUAAAUUUUCUUAAGAUAUUUUUGAAAGUCCUCGUUCAUUAACUAUUUCGAUUGAUGCUGGUAAGACUCUCUUGAAAAAGAAAGAAAUAUUAAAAAAUUCAACUAAAGUCAUAGAAUAAAUUGAAAUAAAUCCAUAUAAAAUUUUAGGAUAGUCUCAAAAAGUAAAUUUUCUAACAUUUCCAUCAGGAAUUUCUAUUUCCUCCUAUUAAUACUUUGAUUUAGAAAAUUCUAAAUUGAUUCCUUAUAAUUUAACAUUUCGGAUUAUUCCUUUGAAUAAAUUUAAUCAACAAAUGAAGAAAUUAACAGAUUCCUUUUGUAUGAUUUCUCAUUAUGUCAUAAAUUAGGCUAAUAAUACUAUUUUAACAUAAUUUCCAGGUACAUUAUCUUAAACUAGAGUACAAUUUAAUUAAGACACUUAAGAUUUUAAUUUAGAUAAUUUAAUUAUCAAUUUUCAUCCUUUAAUUGAUGAAAAUGUUGUUUUAAGACUUAAAAUAAAUUGCAAUAUUAUUAAAAUUCCCUAAUUUGAUACCUAACCACCAUAUUAAAUUACUAGUUUUAUAACUGAUUAUGACUUAAUUGUUGACAUAAAAACAUUUAAAUGCUAAAUAGGAGAAUAUUUAAAUUCAACCUCUGGUAGUUGUAUAUAUUGUGAUCCAUUACUUUAAUAAUAUUCUGUAUAAAUUAAUGCUUAAAAUUGCAAAUAUAAAGAUGAUUUAAAGAUGAAAUCUAUUAAAAGCUCUAUGAUUGAACUAAAAUAAGAAUAUUGGAGAGCAUAUUAUUAUAGUGAUAAAAUUGAACAUUGCUAUCAUAAUGUAAAUAAUUGUAAGGGAGGGUGGUAACCUGGAGAUUAAUCUUGUUCUGAAGGUCACAUUGGUGCAUUAUGUGAAUAAUGUGAUUUAUACAACAUAAGAGGUGAUGGACCUUAUUCAGUUAGCUCUCCUUACAGAUGCGGAAAUUGUAAUUAAAUUGCUGAUAAUGCAUUAACAAUUACUUUAAUUAGUAUCUGGACCCUUAUCUCUACUUUAUUGUCGGUAUUGGGUAAUAUUAGAAGCAUUGAAGAAGUAAUUUUAGGGAUUCGACUAAAAUCUUUCAAGAUUAAUUCUUAAAACACAUAAGUAACAUCAGCAAUCUUAAUCAAACUCUUUACUAAUUAUUUUUAAAUAAUAUCUUCUAUUGCAACAUUUUAACUUUAAAUUCCUACUGGACUGACAUCAGUAAUUAAUAGUGUUGGAAAUCCAGUUGAUUCUAUGGCUUAUUCAUUUGAUUGCUUUCUAAUUAAUUUAACAGAUAUAUUAAUAAUAUAUUUUAGAAUUAUUUGGAGUAUAGUUAAUGCUGCCUCAUUUGUAGCAGUCUUUUUUAUUUUUGGAAGCUUAGCUAUAUUAACUAAACUUGUAAGAUAUAGAUCUUCAUUUAUUCCAACCACUCUAUUAUACAUUUUCUUAUACAUGCAGCCAAAUUUAGUUGGAGGUUUGAUUUCUUUAUUCUCAUAUAGAAUAAUUUCAAAUGAAUUUUGGAUCUAAGGAAAUGUUGCUUAUAGAUAUGAUACAAAAAAUCAUCUUAUAUGGAUUCUUUCAUUUUGUUUGCCUUUGAUACUACUCUUUAGCAUACUUAUACCAGCUUAUUUUUUUUACAGACUUAAUUUUAAUAAAGAUUGCUUAAACAAACCUUCAAUUAGAUCAAUUUGGGGUUAUCUUUAUAAUGAAUACAAAUAAAAAGCGUACUUUUGGGAGAUUGUUAAAAUUCUUUAAAAAGAAUUAAUUAUUGUAGUAUUAGCAUAUUAUGAGGAUCAUAUACCUAUUAAAGCAUCGUUUGUAUUUUUAACUUUAUUCGCCUAUAUAUUGUUUACGAAUUCGCUUUAACCCUAUUAAACAGGAAAAAUGAAUUAAUUGGAUAAACAGUCAUUUAUUAUAUGUGCUGUCUCUAUUAUUUUAGCCAGUUAAAUAUAUGUAGCUCAAUAAUCAAAUAUAAUUGAAAUAAUUUGGUCCUGUUAUUUCAUUAUUGGGAUUAUUAAUGGUUUAUUUAUCAUUAAAGUUGUUUUGGAAAUAUUAUUUGUUUAUUUAAAUUAAUUUAAUGAUAAAAUUGACAAGUUUAGAGAACUUAUAUAAAAAUACUUUCCAAAUUUGAUUAAGAAAAAAUUUUUUAAUUACAGUUUUUUUAAACAGAAAACAGAAUAAAAAGCCAGAAUCAAAUAAAGAUUUGCAAAAAUUAAAAAUUAUUUAAUUCCUUAGGCUCGACUAAUUAUUCAAUGUAGAAAGUAUUUUAACUUAUAUUUAUUUAUAUUAGAACCAAUAUAUUUGAUUCUCCAAUUCGAAAUAUGCUUCACACUUCUCAUAUCUAAAACCAAUUUUCUUUACUGAGUCCAGUGAAAAAUACUCAAAAUUAAUAAUCUGAUUUACUAGACUAAUUAGACGAUUAAAAACACUCCUUGUUUUUUAUCACAUCAUAGAUUCAAGGUUCACCUGAUAUUUUGAGAUUAACUCCAAAAGAAAGUCACAAGACAAUCAACUUAUUAAAAAAUUGA